AAUCGGUGGGCUCUUAGGACAUUGUCCAGUCUACGAACUUUUAUCAGAGCUCUCAGUAGUGUCGGGAAUUUCAACCAAACAACUCGAGACUGUCAAUAAACAUAUGUAAAUUAAAAAAAAAAAAAAAAAAAAAAAAAAGUUAUAAAAAUUCCCCUACAAAUUAGAUAAUAGACAGGAUUGGUCACCUGAUUAAUCGCGUACAAAGUCGAGACAGAAGACUUCUGAAUGGACAAUAUAUAAAUUGAAAGACCUUGAGCCGAUUGUGACAAGUCACGCUACACAUUGUAUAUUAACUCACCCCCCCCUCCUCUUUCUUUAUUCACCAAUCACGAUCGAUCUGGUCCUAUAGAUAAAUUUUCAAGGAUAAAAAAAAUUCUAGAGACAUAAAUACCUAUUCGCAAUAUACAUAAUUACAAACCAAAUCAAAUUAUGACACUCGAUAUAAUAAUUGAAACGAGAUUUGAUCAAUAAUUAAUAAAAGAAGGAAAAAAAAAUUUUUUUUCAACAUAAACGUAAUGCCAGCGAGAAUUUCCAUUUUACCAUCAUCUGCAAUGGAAAAUGGAUUUCAUGAUAAAUUAAUGGAAACAAAUAAUUCAUCACCAGCAUUUAGAAUAUUACAAAAAGACAAUCUUGAAUCUUCCCUGCCAAUACUCCAGCUGGAUCUGGAUGAUGAUGAUGAUGAUUAUCAUCAUAAUAAUAAUGAUGAUGAUGAUAACGUGAAUUUUGAGAGAGCUUCCGCAAGGACAAUGACCUUGAGCCAAAAUAACAAGAAUAACUUCCAGACACGCAGACGAAUCAGCAAGUCAAAUGAUCAUUUAGUGUUGGCAAGUUUGCAAAGUCAUCAAACAAAUCCAUUGAGAAUACGACAACAGAGCAAGAGUCAUGGUAAUCUUCAAAAUGAUGACAAUAUUGAACCAAGAAAAUCAUCAAUGAUUCUUUCAACUGAGGAUUUUAAUGAGGUGCUCAAUGCAAAAUUAAGAAGAAUACAGGAACAAGAGGAGGGUGAAUUAAGCAAAAGAAGUUCAAGAAGAACUCAGUCCUCCGAUCAGGUGAUACAUCCAAAACCAUUUUUCACAACUGUUAAGACUGGAGAAUUUUUAAUGCCACCGCCAGAAGUUGCUGCCUUACUUGGAAUUACGCCACAUAUUGUCUAUGGAAAUCCAUUUCCCGAGAUAAACGAUGAGACUGAUUUUUUUCAUCGAACACGAUUUCGACAUCUUGCGUCGAUUAAUAAAAAACCGGAAGUACGACACAGUAGUCAUAAUGCACGAUGUCAGGCAGCACUAAAGGCAACUGAGGAUUUUUAUUAUCUUCCAAUGAAUGCAUCAUCGAUAACAACAGCAUCAUCGAUGGACGAACGUUCGAAACGAAUGAGACAAAACAAUUUUUUCAAUUCCAGAUUCCCCCAGACGCCACGAGCGUUACCCAAACACUUGGAACCAAUUGAGGGCACCAUGAAAAUGCUUCCAAUACGCGGUGAUCAUUCUGUUCCUUUUGGGAACAUUAUGUUCGAUCGACGAGUGGCGCGUGGUAGUAAUUUCGCUUCCGCCCCUGGUGACCUUGAUGGCGAAUCGCAAGCGAUGAGACACGCGGAAACAAGAAAACGUGAAAUGGCAAGAAGAAAAGUACGUUCACAGGCGUCAAAAGCAAUGUUAAUGCGAAUUGGUUCACCGCCUCCUGUACCGGGUAGAAAACACGAACCAGUACAAACCGAUCACUAUCUCGAAGAACUUUUUGAAAAACCCGAUGAACUUGAGGCAGGGACACAAACGGAUCAUUUUGUCGAUCGACCGGCAACACCUCUUUUUUGUCCGAAAAAAAUUGGACAAGACGCUAGCACGCAAAUUGAAGCCGGUGAACUCUUUGACUACGAUAUCGAGGUUCAACCAAUUCUGGAGGUUCUAGUUGGUAAAACAAUUGAGCAGGCAUUGUUGGAAGUUUUGGAGGAGGAAGAAAUUGCGGCAUUAAAAGAACAACAGAGAAGGUUUUCGGAACUUCGCGCCGCUGAAAAAGCCGAGGCACAAAGAUUGGAGGAACAAGACAAACGUAUACGCGAAGAAAAGGAUCGUCGUGUGAAAGAACACGAGGAUGCAUUGAAAGUGCAACAAGAAACUGAGGAUAGAGUUGCAGCUUCGGUUUUGCUCACUGGAUAUAUAGCGGAAUUACUUCCGGCAGUUCUUGAAGGUCUAAAAAUGUCCGGAGUUCUUUUAGACGAAAUUAAGGCUGAUGUGGAGGAAGGUUUUAUGCCGUGGUUAAUGAAAGAAGUCAAACAGGAAGUUGGUUCAAUGAUCGAAAGCAGGGAAUUAUUAGUCGAAAUUAUUAAGGAGAUUUUGGAAAAUCGGGCAGAAACUUAUAGGCGACUUGGGGAAGAAUAUGAUGCUGCGAGGGAAGCAAGAAAAUUAAUUAUUGAAAAUGAUGAAAAUCAGGAAAAUAUUUCUAGUAAUCAUUCGCAAGAAUCCGUUACCACAAAUUCGGAUGGAAAUUAGCAAAAAGAUUCAAUUGCGUAAGAACAUUAACUGGAUUGUGAUUUAAAUAAUAAUCACAAACUAAUUUACGUCCACUCUAUACUAUAUAUAAAAUCUAAAUGAUCAUCGAAAAAAAAAAUUAAAACGACUGUGUGCAAUAAAUUUCUUGUUGAAAAAAAGGCUGUUUUUAAUUUGUUGAUUUUGAAAAUGUGUUUGUUUCAUGCAGUGAAUAAAGAAUUAAGAAUUUUAA